ACGAUGACAGGGAAGUCAUUGAAUAUAUAUGUAAUGCACCUGGUACAAUGCAUGGAGGCAGUGCAACUUGUGUCGACAACAAUUGGAUCAAAACAGUUGAAUGUCCAGCACUUUCAUGUGAAGUUGGUGCUUUGGCUACUCAUCUCAAAAUAAAGGGAUUUCCACCAAAAGAUAACAGAGCGACGGCCGGACAAAAGCUGAAGUUUUUCUGCCCAGAAGCUUAUGAUGUAGAGGGUUCUGAAGAAACUGAGUGUUUAGAAACUGGACAGUGGAGGGACCCCUUCCCAACCUGCUCUGAAAAAUGCAGUACUCCUGAGAUGCCAGAUGGUCUACUCCUCACCCAGUCAGGAGUUUUUUACUGGAGUAAAGGAGAAAGUGUAACAUUUAAAUGUCGUGGACGUGGAUACUUCAUUGAAGGGAACGAGAAAAUGGAAUGUUUGGGAAACGGACAAUGGAGUGGCGUCCUUUCAACAUGUGAAA